GUGCACCAUCAGCAGCCAUGAGUGGGAAGGUUGGAGUUGAGGUUCUUGUUGUGGGAGGUGCUUCCCCGCCAAAUGAAGCCAAAGCACCCCUUGGACCAAAUGACAGCUUAGCACAGAAGGCGUGCCCUCCGACCACAGCUUUUAUAUUACCAGCCACAACCUCCUCUCUCAGUCUGGCGGUCCGAAAAGGAGAUGCUCCCCGCGUCACCGUGGAGACAAUCACAGGGGGCGGAGGCAGUGAAGCCAUGUCCACAAUGGUUGCCCCUCAGGUUGGAGGACCCUGCAGUGUAGUGCGGGUAUUAGAGUGGAAGGAGGGCGUUACUGUACUACCAGGCAGCAGCCUCAAGUUUCGGAUGAACGACUUUGGCACUUUAGAAGUGGUCAGCGACAGGAAAACUCCAGUUGUGGAGCCAGCCAUAGAGGAAGCCACCGGAAUGGUAGAGAUGUCAGUGGACACCACUCAGACUUUCACUGCUACAGACCCAGCUGUCUCGCCUGGGAAGGACGUGGUGGUAAUGAGUAGUGGGCAUUGUGAAGGCUGCAACCCAGGAAAGGAGAAAGAGAGUACUGAGGAGCUACACAGAGACCCACUCGGUGACAAACCUUCCAUGGUGGAGAGCACACCAAUGGCAAAGGUGGCAGUUUUGAAUCCAGAACUGCUGAAACCCAUGAAGAAGAGAAAGAGAAAGGAAUACUUGAGUCCCUCAGAUGAGGAGUCAGAGAUGGAGACAAUGGAGGAGAAAACAGAGGAUAUAAAAAGCGCAGAGGAGAUCUGCAUCAACUAUGACUCCAUUGAAGACUCCAGACAGAGCCAACCAGCCCCUGAAGAACUGAAGAAAGAGGACUGGGUGUGGUCGGCAUACCUAGAGGACCAGAAGUCCAUCGCUGCCCCUCUCAAACUGUUCCAUGAGUUUCAAACCAUUCCCCAGAUGAAAAAUAAUUUUAAGGUUGGGAUGAAGCUUGAAGGAAUUGAUCCCCAGCACCCUUCCAUGUAUUUUGUGCUGACUGUAGCAGAGGUCUGUGGCUAUCGCAUCCGUCUUCAUUUUGAUGGCUACUCAGAUUGCCAUGAUUUCUGGGUAAAUGCAAACUCUCCAGACAUUCAUUGGGCUGGCUGGUGUGAAAGAACAGGACACAAGCUCUACACUCCCAAAGGCUGUAAAGAAGAAGAAUUCACCUGGUCCGGCUACCUGAAAAUCACCAAGUCACAAGCAGCACCAAAAGAGUUCUUUACUAGUUCAGGCGAAUUGGAAUCCUAUUGUGGAUUUCGAGUCGGAAUGAAGCUGGAGGCUGUGGAUCGCAUGAACCCCUCACUCAUCUGUGUUGCUACAGUGACUGAUGUGGUGGAUAACCGGUUCCUAGUCCAUUUUGACAACUGGGAUGAUACCUAUGAUUACUGGUGUGAUGCUGGUAGUCCAUACAUUCAUCCCAUUGGCUGGUGCCACGAGAGGGGUCGACCUCUCACUCCACCUCAAGAUUAUCCAGAUCCUGAUAACUUUUCCUGGGAAAAAUACCUGGAGGAAACUGGUUCUGUCGCCGCUCCAGCCCACGCCUUCAAACCGCGUCAUCCGCAUGGUUUCCAAAUGAACAUGAAGCUGGAAGCUGUGGACAAACGCAACCCCUCUGUCAUUCGAGCUGCCACCAUCUCUGACAUUGAUGAACACAGGCUCAAGAUCCAUUUUGAUGGUUGGAGCCAUAUGUAUGAUUACUGGAUUGACGCGGACCAUCCUGACCUUCACCCAGUGGGAUGGUGUGAGAGAACAGGUCAUGCUUUGAAGCCACCACUCCGUGAAGCCAUCAAACAACUACCGGGUCCACAGGAGCCGGCCACGUCGGGACAGACCACCUGUGCGUCUCUUGCUUGUAAAGGCAUCAGCCAUUCGAGGCCCAGCAAGUACAGCUUUCACCACAGGAAGUGCCCCACCCCAGGGUGUGAUGGUUCUGGACAUGUGACCGGGCGCUUCACUGCUCAUCACUGCUUAUCAGGCUGUCCUUUAGCAGAGCGGAAUCAGGGUCGACUCAAGACGGAGCUCUCUGACACAGAGGGACCUGGUGCCAAACGGAACCUGCUGGUUUUUGGUCAGCGAAGCAAAAAGUCUCGUCAUCAUGGCAGGAUAGGACGGCCACCUAAAUAUAGAAAGAGUCAACAGAGAGCGUAUCAAAGCUUACCUGCAGAGGGCAUGCACCCCUCUCUGUUCAUGUCAGCUUUGUCUGCCCAUCCAGACCGCGCCCUGUCCCUGUGCUGGGAACAACACUGCAAGCUGCUGCCAGGAGUUGCUGGUAUCCGAGCAAGCAAAGUGGCAACAUGGAGCGUCGAGGAGGUUUCGAGUUUUGUUCAGAAUCUUACUGGCUGUGAAGAACAAGCUCGGCUAUUCAAAGAUGAGAUGAUCGACGGAGAGGCGUUCCUCUUGCUGACGCAGACCGACAUUGUGAAAAUUAUGAGCAUCAAGUUGGGCCCAGCUCUGAAGAUCUACAAUGCCAUUCUGAUGUUUAAAAGUACUGAUGAUGGUCUCAAGUGAAAGCCCACCCUCCCCAAAAGCACAUCCAUCCCCCACCUUUAGCUUUACAGUGUGUGCCAGUAUGCAGAGACGCUGUUACUGCUGUUCAGCUAUGCUUUUUUGCAGUCAGUACAGCCAUCAGAGAGAAUUUAGAGAAGGCUGUUUGGAAAUCUCCAGAAACAAAAAAAAAUGCAACUGUACUUCUUUUGAUCUCAAGAGGAUGUCUUGUUUGUUUGUUUAUUUAUUUAUUUGUUUAUUUAUGUAUUGGAGCUGUAAAUGUGAAUGCCUCUCGGAGGUGUCUUUGUUUAAAAUGACAAUGACGUUUCACUAAGGGAGGCCAUUUUGCACUCGGGCGUCUGCAGCCUUUAAAUGUAAAGUACGCUUCAAAAAAAAAACUGACUGGCUGCCAAUGCUUGUGCAAGUCAGAGCGCACUGUGUGGAGUCAGGCUUAAGUUGUGUCAAACGGAGGUAACCUCGACACCGUAGCUAGAAAAUAUCAGUUAUGCUGAGGGAGUAGCGGCCUAACAGGCUUCCCUGCGUCUCUGCAGGGCUGAAUUACCUACAUAGUAGGCUGAAUCACGAUGCCAUUAUGCACUUUUACUUCGAUUCACUCCCAGUGUGUUGUAUUGUAGCGUGUCUGGUACUAAACUGGAGCAUUAUGUGCCAUAGUGGUCUUUACUUUUUACUUCCACUGACAGGGUUUUGCAAACAGGUGUCGAUUCUUGGGUUCUUUGCCUGCUUGUGAGGCCACGAUAAGUUAGAAAGCUACUGUGAAACGUGAUUUAAUUUAUUACUGGAUUAACAUUUAUGACUGUUUGGCUGUGUCUGAUUUAUAGUGGACUGUAUAAAGCUUCUUAUCGAUGAAUCUUAAACACAAUUCAUGCCCGACUUCUAGUGAAUUCUGCUUAAAGGGGAAGUUCACCAUUUUAGAUAUAGGGACUAAUCUUCACACCUGCUGAAGAUACCCGUCUACUCCACAGAAACCUGUCGCAUGUAACUUAUUAACACACCCCACUGCUUUCCUUCAAUUUUAAAGUUCAUCACGUAUCAUAUUUCAUAUUUCAGGACUCCAUAAUGAAACGUGGUCCUGUACUUUUUACUCUUUACGUGCUGCCUUUAGGUUCCAUUGUUAAGAAAUACGACUUUUCUUUUCAUUUUUAUGGUGACGACACACAGCUUUACUUGCCAUUUAAAACAUUACAGGGAGGUUCAGCACACCUAUUACAUGAGUGUUUAAAUGUAAUAAAAUCCUAGAUGGCAAUAAACUUUCUUCAACUCAAUGAAAAGAAAACAGAAAUACUCAUUUUUUGGAAAUGAUGACAUUUCAACUUCUCUAAAUAAUGCUCUUGGUUCACUGGUAUCAUAUGAGAGGCCUUAUACCAAGAAGUUGGGGGUUAUUCUUGAGAGAACUUUUAAAUUCGAUAAACAGACAAACAAUGUUGUAGUUAGAUCCUGUUUUUUAUCAGUUGAGACUUUUAUCAAAGGUCAGGGCUAUUUUAUCACAAAAUGAUCUCGAA